AGUGUAGGUUUGAUUCCGGAGGUGUUCUCUGGACCAAAAUUUUGUUGAAAAACGAUAAAUAAAUUGUAGCAUCCAAAACUUUAUCUAUGCAUUAUUCUUUUGAAUACGAUUGAGUUACUCAAUACAAAUUGCAGUCAUGUCCCUUUCAAAGAGAGAGUAUGAGGACUACAAAGCAGCAGUAGAGAAAAUGGUCUACAAAUACGUGACUCGUGAUAGGUCAAGUAUUGUUUCAGCCAUUGCUCAUGCAGUUGACUCAGGAUGUGACAAGAGAAAAGUGGAAGAUAAGCUAAUGGGUUAUGUUGAUAAGAGUUUAGCAUACAAAUUAGCUGAAAAGGCAUUUAUUGUAUUAGAAGACAUUGGGGCCAAAGUCAAGAGUUCAUCCUCUCGCAAGCGCACACACAAAGAUGAAAAUGAUCGGGAGAAAGACAGCAAGAGAGCCAGGGUCAAGGAGGAGAAAGAGCCACCCCCUGAGAGCAAGCAGCCCCCACCACCACCUGCCACAGCUCCCAAUAACACAGUCAGCCCUGGCCAGAUCCAGGCUCAGCAGAUUAAGGAUAUUAUGGCCAAGGCACAGGCAGUUAUUGAGGAAAGAAAAAAGGCAAUGGCAAAUCUGCAUCCAGUGGAGCCAAAACCUGCAACCAAUGGAGCAGCUGUACCCUUGAUCAACCAAGCUACCCCAGCAGUCUUAGCAGCUGUUGGGAGCAGUGAUGUGAGUUCUCGCAUUGCUGAACUACAAGCACGCAUUCAAGCACAACUAGGUAAUGUGUCUGCAGUAGGGAUUGGAAGUGCCUUGGCAGCUGGUGUAGGUGGAGCUGGUGGAGCCCCUCCACCAGCUAAACCUCAAGGUGAGCAAAGCAAGCCAACACCUCUUAUUCUUGAUGCUGAAGGAAGAACUGUAGAUAUGAGUGGAAAGGAGGUUCAUCUGACACAGCGGAUUCCCACUCUAAAGGCCAACAUACGAGCAAAGAAACGAGAGGAGUUCAAGCAACAGUUGCAGGAGAAACCUGUUGAAGAUACUGUUGAAAGUACAUUCUUUGAUAAUCGCGUCAGUAUUAGACCUUCCAUGAAAGCUAAAAGAAUGUUUAAGUUCCAUGACCAGGGCAGAUUUAUCCAGUUAGCUCAGAGGGAGAGAGCAAAGGCUAGGCUAGAGAAACUCCAAAAUGAAAUCUCCCAAGUUGCAAAGAAGACUGGCAUUUCUUCUGCAGCUAAAUUAGCACAGCUGGAGCAGCGAGACAUCAAAAGCACAACUGAUGGAUGUCCAGAAGUUGAGUGGUGGGAUGCUGUUAUUCUGAAAGGAAAUAGGUACCCAGAGGAGAAUGAAACUAUUGCUAUCAAUGAAGAUUAUAUUACAAGGCUUAUAGAACAUCCAUUAGAAAUGAAGUGCCCAUCUGAUCCAUCUAAACCAGUGACUCUUCAGGUGUUCCUGACAAAGCAAGAACGUAAAAAGUUACGUCGCAUGAACAGACGUGAAGCAUGGAAAGAAAAGCAGGAGAAGAUUCGUUUAGGAUUAGAGCCUCCACCAGAGCCAAAGGUGCGUAUGGCAAACUUGAUGCGUGUGUUAGGGACAGAAGCUGUCCUGGAUCCAACAAAAAUGGAGAAGCAUGUGAGGGAGCAGAUGGCCAAAAGACUGAAGGCUCACCAGGAUGCCAAUGCAGCAAGAAAGCUCACACCGGACCAGAGGCGGGAUAAGAAAAUCAGGAAACUCAAGGAAGAUACAACUACAGGAGUCCAUGUAUCAGUGUACAAAGUGACAGACUUUUCAAAUGGUUCCCACAAGUUUAAGGUUGAAACCAAUGCAAAACAGCUGUUCUUGACUGGUACAGUUGUAUUAUUUAAGGAUAUCAAUGUAGUUGUCGUGGAAGGAGGACCCAAACAACAAAAAAAAUACAAGAAGCUGAUGAUGGAGCGAAUUAAAUGGGCAGAAGAAUCACGUUCGAAAGAUGCUGAAUUAGAAUCAAAAUGCCAGUUGAUUUGGGAAGGGUCAGUACCUGAACGAAGCUUUGGGGAGAUGCAGUUCAAGGCUUGCCCCACAGAAUCUUUUGCAAGAGAUCAUUUUAAGAAACAUGGAGUGGAACAAUAUUGGGACUUAGCUUAUGGCAAGAAAAUCCUUGAAGAAGCAGAUGAAGGUGUCUGAGGGCUAAAGCAAUGGGAAUGUGUACAUUUAAGCAAGGGUUAUCAAUAUUUUAAUAAUCAUCAUCAUUUUGUUAUCAUAUUGUUAUUUUUGUACUUUCCUUUUUUCUCUUAUCUUAGGAAUAUCAUUAAAAAAGCUCAGGUGUUUCAUAAAGUUUUGAUGAAACCUUUCAAAUUAGGUUGAGCGUUGUUAUGCAAGCUAUUGAUUUUUUUUUUUUUUUAAUGAAUAACAUCACAGAAAUACUUCCAUGGACAAGACUUGUAUGAAUUGUUCGCCAUAUUGUUAUGAAUUGUGUGGUACACUUGACUGUGUAAGUUGAAUUUCUAUACAGAAGUGUUUUGUCUCUUCCAGCAUAAAAAACUGAUAUGAAA